AUGUGUUCACAGGACGUGCUUGACGAGAUCGAGGCGAUUGAAGCCAUCUAUCCAGAGUGUCUUUCGAGGCUUAAUGAUGGGCUUGUCGAGCUGAAAGUACCCAAUCAUGAGGAUUUCAGGCUGAGAGUAUCUUUCCCCAAGGAGUACCCAGAGACUGAUAGCCCUCACAUAUUGCAAGUACAGAGCUCAGGACACGACGACCAGUACCUGGAGAGCCUGUUCAACGAUGUGAUGCACUCUGUUUAUCAUCCUGGCUCGGUUUGCGUGUUUGACUUCCUCACAGAGCUCGAUGGUGUGUUGGGCACUGAUGCCGGUGACGGUGAAGACGAUGGUGGUAAUCACAGUCACGUGGACGCCGAACCAGUCGAGAUUGAUGCUCUCAGUGGAUGGACCAUGAGUGAGCCAGUCACUGACAGAGGCUCUACGUUCAUAGCGUUUGCCCGAGAGGUGCACAGUGAGAACGACGUCUUCCACUACCUACAAACGCUCAAGACUGAUAGAAAGAUCUCCAGGGCAUCGCAUAACAUGGUGGCGUACCGCAUCCAGAACGAUAACGGCACCAGGAUCAGUGACUGUGACGAUGAUGGUGAGACUGCGGCUGGUGGCCGGAUGCUCCAUCUUUUGACGAUAAUGGACGUGUGGAACGUCCUUGUCGUUGUUAGCAGAUGGUUUGGAGGUACACACAUCGGGCCUGAUAGAUUCAAGCAUAUCAACAGUACUACCAGGGAAGCAGUCAUGAGAGCUGGCUUUGUCAAGGAAGACACUAAGCACCACAAGGGCAAGAAGAAGAAAUAA